AUGCUUGGGGAAGCUUGGUCAAACAUUUUAGAGUUGCACAAUUCUGUAUUACUAAGAACCGAUGUCAGAGUCAGAGAAUACCCUCUGAUGCAGAGUCCCGUAGGGAAUAUUCUCAUCCUGUUGGCCUACGUCUUCUUCUCUGUGUACGUCGGGCCUCGCCUGAUGGCGAACCGCAAACCCUUUAGUUUAAAAGCAGCCAUGAUCGUCUACAACGUCAGCAUGGUUUUACUAAAUGGCUACAUAGUGGUGGAGUUCUUGUUGUCUGGAUGGGGCACCACCUAUACAUGGAGAUGUGACCUAGUCGACACGUCCACCCGCCCUGAAACUCUCAGAAUGGUUCAAGUUUGUUGGCUGUUUUAUUUUUCAAAAUUCAUUGAGCUCCUCGACACGGUAUUCUUUGUGCUGAGGAAGAAAGAACGCCAGAUCACGUUUCUCCACGUGUUCCAUCACUCCUUCAUGCCGUUGACGUGGUGGUGGGGCGUCACACUGACUCCUUCUAGUGGAAUGGGCAGCUUCCACGCUAUGGUGAAUGCAGGCAUCCAUGUUAUCAUGUACUUCUACUACGGACUCUCUGCUGCAGGGCCUCGCUUCCAGAAAUACCUGUGGUGGAAGAAAUACAUGACUGCCAUACAGCUUGUUCAGUUUGUCCUGGUCUCCAUCCACAUCAGCCAGUACUACUUCAUGGAGAAAUGUGACUACCAGGUGAAGUGGUAUAUCCACUUGAUCUGGAUGUACGGAGUCUUCUUCUUCCUGUUAUUCUCCAACUUCUGGGUGCAGACCUACAUAAAGGGCAAGCGGCUGCCCGCCUCAAACGACAAGCCGAAGAUGAACGGCUCGACCAGCGAACCCAUCGCUGUGGCCAACGGCAAGCACAAGGAGAAUGGACACGUGGCCCACUACACCAACGGCAAAAUCGUCAUGGGCAAAGUAAAGGAAAUCUAA